AUGUCGACGUUACAUGAUUUUAUUCGGAACUUCAAAAAAGUUCCGCAAACAAUGAGAGAAAUGUUUGCUGCGAAUCCUAAAAGAUUUUCGGAAUUCAGUCAGGUUUUGAGUCUUCCUGGCGGUACUAUUCUCUUGGACUACUCAAAAAACCUAAUUGACACUCAGAGUUUUGACCAGCUUAUCAAAUUGGCUAGAGAUAGUAAUGUUGAAAAAAUGCGUGAUGACAUGAUGGAAGGAAGAAAAAUUAAUUUCACGGAAGAUAGAGCCGUCCUGCAUAUAGCUCUGCGAAACCGAUCAAAUGUCCCGAUUAUGGUCGAUGGGAAAAAUGUUAUGCCGGGAGUUAACGCAGUUCUUGAACACAUGUCUAAGUUUUGCGAUUCUGUUAGAUCUGGUGAAUGGAAAGGCUACACAGGGAAGCAAAUAACAGAUGUUGUUAAUAUUGGCAUUGGUGGUUCAGACCUUGGUCCAGUCAUGGUUACAGAAUGCUUGAAACCUUAUGCAUCACAUAUUCGGGUACAUUUUGUUUCAAAUAUAGAUGGAACACACAUUGCGGAAACAUUAAAGAAAGUAAAUUCAGAGACAGUUCUAUUUAUCAUCGCCUCCAAGACCUUCACUACCAUUGAAACGAUGACCAAUGCUAACUCUGCCAAAGAAUGGUUCUUAGAACAUGCGAAAAAUGUUUCUCACGUGGCCAAGCACUUUGUCGCCUUAUCAACUAAUGCAACAGAAGUCUGCAAAUUUGGCAUAGCACAGGAAAACAUGUUUGAGUUUUGGGAUUGGGUUGGAGGUCGUUACUCAUUAUGGUCUGCCAUAGGUUUGUCUAUAGCUCUUUACGUAGGUAUGGAGAAUUUCAUUAAAUUGUUGGAAGGAGCUCAUGAAAUGGAUAAACAUUUCAAAGAAACGCCAUUACAUAAAAACCUUCCUGUCAUCCUAGCUGUGUUAGGUGUAAUGUAUAUCAAUAUUUAUGGGGCAGAAACUCAAGCAAUUCUACCAUAUGAUCAAUAUAUGUCACGCUUUGCUGCAUAUUUCCAACAAGGUGAUAUGGAAUCGAAUGGAAAGUUUGUUAGACGUGAUGGCAAAGAAGUUGAUUAUUCCACUGGUCCCAUAGUUUGGGGUGAACCAGGAACAAAUGGUCAACAUGCAUUUUAUCAACUUAUUCAUCAAGGCACACGGUUAAUCCCAUGUGAUUUCUUGAUACCAGUACAUACACACAAUCCAGUUCAAGGUGGCUUACAUCAUGAGGUUAGUGCGGUAUUUAUGUAUGGUGCUAAUAUUUACAGUUAUAUGAGUUCCUCCGAAAUAAUUUUUUCUGGGAUUAGUUCCAGCUAAUUUGUUUGAAACCAAAAAGUAGUUUAGACACUUCAUUUCUGCAACUAUAAAAUGUGAGUUAGUAAUAAAUACAUGUCAGUAAAUUUCUCGAGGUUCACGAAAAUAACAAAACACGUAUAUUUACCACGAAUCAGUUGCUUUUUCAUUUGCGUAUUCCUCCAGUCGAUUUGUUAUGCAUCCUCAUCAACCCUAUUUUAGUAGUCCACAUUCUGUACAAUGAUCAAACGGACUACAAGGAAGUUCAGGUCUUAUAGUUAAAUCUAUGGUAGUUUUAAAUAUUUGUUAUCUUCCUCUUGUUAUAACUAGUCUUGUUCUUCAAGGUAAAUGGCUGUCAAAUGUACAUUAUACAAAUUGAGUGUCUUAGUAUAUAACAGUCUGUCACAGAAUAAACCUAGUAUUGGUAAUUCCAUAGCUACACUGGGAAAAAUAUCUGGUUGUAUUUAUUUAUUUGAACACAUAAAUAUUGGUACAAGGUGGCACCAGAUACAAAUGUGCAGCACAACAAUAAUGAGAAUGGGAAGAGAUAAAUGAUGUAAGGUGUGUGUAAAAAGAAAAAAAGGAACAAUAAAGACCACAAAUUGGCGUAUGGUAGUGAGAUAGUAAUAAUAAUGGGGGAAACAGAAAGGUACACCCAGAAAGAAUUCUUACAGUUAAAGAAGUUACGGUCACUGUUUAUGAAGAAACUAAAAGAAGGUUACAGCAGGGUCGCCACUGGCUUCUAUUCUGAGCCAUAUCUGAUAACGUCUCUAGCCACUGUGUUGCACCAUCUCUCGGACCCCACCCAGGGAGGAAGGACCAACAGAAGCCAGCCCUUUUCAGCUAUCAUACUACGACACCAUGUCAUACACUGACCACCUCUCCGCUUUUUCCAACCAGUCCCAGCGUCGGCAAAUAACCAAAAAGUCACCACCAUCUUUAGAAAGGGCCGGAGGUAAGUCAUCUGGACCCGGUGAUUUGUAGCGUUUAGAGUGGGAGGUCCUUGCGAACUUCCGCCUCAUUUGGUGGAUCAGUCAUGUGGUUGUAAAUUUUAGUACAUUCAUAAUUACUUUAUCACAAGAUUCGCCUUUCUUAUGGAAACAAAUCUUCACUGACGAAACACUUGUAUCUUUUAAACCUACUGUAAAUGAUAAUACAUUCCUUUAACGAAAUCUGUUCACAACACAAUUGCUCUCUGUUUUAAAAAUUGCAUUAGGCAUUCAGUUCAUCAAUAACUGAACUCCUUGUUCAAAUCACACUGUAUUGUUUCCAGUUUAAAAAGUCUAAGUGACAUCUCCAUUUCACACAUUACAUUUAACCGUUAAAACUAGUGUAAUAAAAAUAAAUAAAAUAUUGAUUACUCCAAAACUUUCUCUUUGGAAUAGGUUUUAUCAACUAGUCAUAAGUUUUGUGACUUUAAGUCCGGCUAGUUAUCAUGUGAUUUAUUCGCCAGUCAAAAUACGACUUAUUCACUCUUGCAUUGUACUAAACCAAUGACGUUCGAUCGGUCUGAUCAGCUUAGCGUCCUUACUGAUCCUUUGCUUGCCUAGCCCGUCCAGUUGAAUCCAGAACACCAAUAAUAGCUUCCGCUAUGUGAACCCUUUAUUUCAAACAUACUUGGUUUAUAUACCAGUCAAACAGACCGCUUCACACCAUAAAAUAGGAAAUAACAUCUAUACAAAAUAAGGCCAAAAGUGGCUAUGAGCGUGUGAGACAGUAAUCAAUAAACUGAACAUAACUUAAGUACAGUAAAUCGUACAAUAAUAAUUUAUAGGGGAAAAUGAAGCUUAUAAGAGGGAUGUAGAUAUACAGUCUAGUUACUGAAUAGUUAUACAAUAACAAUAUAUAUAAAAUAUUAGUCCAUUAAUAGUUCUCAGAAUUUACUCGUAAUUUAAUCUUCACUAGGAUAUAACAAUAAGCAAUGUAGAAUCCGGAGCAAAUAUACUUUAGCCUAAGUUAUUAUACCACAUCAGGACGACAUAAAAAAUAUUAACAUAAUGAACAGCAAAUGAGUCCAAAUGAUCUAGUUGCAUUGAUAAUGUGCAAGACUAAUAACUGAAAAAGACUUUGUGUAUAUGAAUACUGAAUAUCAUGGUCUAAACAAAUAUAAGGAAUGAUUAGAUCUGUAUCAUGUCACCCAACGCCUCCAACCACUGAUCACUGUUAUCGCAAGAACUUCAAUCGACUAGUCUGCAUCAACCAACUUGACUCAAGCCAACAGUCGAUGACUUCAUGGGCUGAUGUCAAUUAUUGGGUUUCCCGUGCUUUUGGUACAUUGAAGCAGUUAUUUUGUCUUUCUGUACGAAAAGUCCUUUAAUUCAACUAAGUUCAAAAUGUAUUCACUUUGUAAAUGCCAUUCAAAAUUAAUAAAAACUUUCGAUUCAUAUCAAACAGAAAAAUGUUCACAACAUCAGUGCCUUUUUAUAAAUUGCCAAUAUGCAAUGAGCAGAUAGAGUUGGUUUCAAGUUAUUUGUACAAUACAUUUCCGAUCGCAGAUUUUGCUUAUGUAAUCAGUCUAAGGUUAAUAACAAGAAACAAUUAGUCCUAAAGGACGAUUGGAAACAUCGAUACUUUUUCUAUACUACAUGAUCUUUUUCGAACAUUAUUAUAAUAUCAUUACAUUAUAACAUUAUUAUUAUUACACUAAGC